AAAGCUGGCGGGGGGGUGGGGGGAGGAACAUGGCGCAAGCUCUGUCUGAGGAGGAGUUUCAGCGGAUGCAGGCUCAGCUCCUGGAACUCCGGACAAAUAACUACCAGCUUUCAGAUGAACUACGCAAGAAUGGUGUUGAACUCACCAGUCUUCGACAGAAGGUCGCCUACUUGGAUAAGGAGUUCAGCAAAGCUCAGAAGGCACUGAGCAAGAGCAAGAAAGCUCAGGAAGUCGAGGUAUUGCUGAGUGAAAAUGAGAUGCUGCAGGCAAAGCUGCACAGCCAGGAGGAGGACUUCCGUUUGCAGAACAGCACGCUAAUGGCCGAGUUCAGCAAGGUGCUGGUGCCUGGGAUAGUCAAAGGGGAAAUGAGGGGUAGGGGCCAUCUGGGCUGAAACCUAACAGCAGCAGAGAGUGAUUGGAUAGGGUCUGGCUCUGGAGCACUGUCCGUGGUGCUGAAACAGGUCCUGGAUUGCUGCUGGGGGGCAGUAAUUUGACAGAUGGGGCCACUAACUCUGCUGGGAUUAGAAAGCUUUGAGUCCUGAGGUCAGCUGGUUCCUGGCCGUCACUCCUUUUAUUUGAGCUUCAAGUCUCCAUGUGUAUAAUGUCGGGUUGAUGCUAUGGUACUCCAAGGUGUUGGGGGGUUUUAGGCAGAGUUCUUAUGCUUAAUAUAGGAUGGAAAAGUGUUUGAGCUUCUUCCCUUUUCUUUCUUCUCUUCAUCUGACAUGAUCCUGGGGUUCUACCUCUUCCAGAUAAUUCAUCCUGGAGCUACUAAUUCUAUCUCUCCAUUGAUUUUAGUGUCCUGUCUGUUUCUAAAUCUACUGGGCAGUUAGAGACAUUGUCUUUUGUUCCCUCAUCUAUCUUCUGUAUCCACAGUUAAUAAUUGUCUAUGUUUUUAGUGUGUUUUAAGGAAAAAAGUCUCAUGGCAGCAAAUUUUUUUGAGAUGGAGUUUCACUCUUGUUGUCCAGGCUGGAGUGCAAUGGCGAGGUCUCAGCUCACUGCA